AUGGCGUGUGAUUGUUUCCUAGCCAGUGUUGGUUAUUGCGCGCUGGGGCUAAUUGUGUAUAAGAUCGUUGCUGCGCUGUACAAAAUUCUUUGGCCAUAUGUUAUCGCAUCUUCGGCGGACCUACACUCAAAGGCUGGAGCCAAAUGGGCAGUGGUAACCGGAGCCACAGAUGGGAUAGGGAAGGCGUAUGCAUACGAAAUGGCUCGAAAAGGUUUCAAUGUUUAUCUCGUGUCUCGAACGCAGUCGAAACUCAGUGAGGUACAGAAGGAUAUACUGGAAAAAUAUAGCAAGGUAGAAGUGAAGACAUUUGCUUUCGACUUUUGCGUUGGAUCUAUAGAAGCGUAUGCGCCACUUCUGAAAGCUCUUAAUGAAGUCGAAGUCGGCAUUCUAGUAAAUAACGUUGGCAUGAGUUACGAAUACCCUGAGGCAUUUCAUAGCAUCGAGGGAGGACUAGAGCGUAUUGCGAAUAUCACUGUUAUAAAUACGCUACCGACCACUGUUCUUUGCGCCUCAUUGAUCAAACAAAUGCUUCCACGAAAGAAAGGCGUCAUUAUCAAUGUCUCCUCCAGUGCAGGUGAAAAUCAAAUGGCAUUCUGGGCUGUCUAUUCUGCUAGCAAGAAAUACGUGACAUGGUUAACGAAGAUUUUGCGCAUGGAGUAUGUUGAUUCGGGCUUAACAAUUCAAACAGUUUGCCCGAUGAUGGUAGCCACAAAUAUGAGUAAGGUUCGUAAAACAUCAUUCUUCAUACCUAGUGCGGAACAGUUUGUAGCAUCCGCUGUGAAGAGUAUUGGUCUAGUUACGGAAACCACAGGAUUUCUAGCACAUCAAAUUCAGGUCGAGAAAGUUAUCAUAUUUUUCGAACUCCUAAUCAUUUUAUCCUGUUUUCAGAUAGAAGUGAUCAAGUUGAUACCAACUCCUUUACGUAACAUUCUGAUCACCAAAUACACUUCGGCGCUUCGCAGGGCCGCACUUAAAAAGAAGGCCAAAUCUCAGUGA